AUGGUACAAGAAAUAAAUUUAGGUUUGACAUGUGAUAUGCAUGUUCAUGUAAGAGAAGGUGCGAUGUGUGAACUAGUCACCCCCAAGAUUAGAGAUGGCGGAGUUUCAGUAGCUUACAUCAUGCCAAAUUUACAGCCUCCAAUUACCACACUGGAUAGAGUGAUUGAAUACAAAAAAACACUACAAAAAUUAGCUCCUAAGACUACCUUUCUAAUGAGUUUUUAUCUUUCUAAAGACUUGACUCCAGAUUUAAUCCAUGAAGCCGCCCAGCAACAUGCAAUUCGUGGAGUAAAAUGCUAUCCAGCAGGAGUAACAACAAAUUCGGCUGCUGGGGUGGAUCCAAAUGAUUUCAGUGCUUUUUACCCAAUUUUCAAGGCUAUGGAAGAAGAGAACCUGAUAUUAAACUUGCAUGGAGAAAAACCUUCUGUUCAUGAGGGAGACGAAGAGCCUAUUCAUGUAUUGAAUGCAGAGGAAGCCUUUUUACCGGCCUUGAGAAAAUUGCAUGAUGACUUCCCAAACUUGAAAAUAAUUUUAGAGCAUUGCACUAGCGAGUCGGCAAUAAAGACAAUUGAGGAUAUAAAUAAGAACGUAAAGAAAGCUGCUGACGUAAGAGUUGCCGCUACAUUGACGGCUCAUCACCUCUUUUUAACAAUUGAUGAUUGGGCUGGAAAUCCGGUAAAUUUUUGCAAACCUGUUGCAAAACUUCCAAAUGAUAAAAAAGCCUUAAUCAAAGCUGCAGUAUCAGGGAAGCCAUAUUUUUUCUUUGGAUCUGAUUCAGCUCCUCAUCCCGUACAAAAUAAAGCCAAGUACAAGGGUGUUUGCGCCGGAGUCUACUCACAAUCCUUUGCGAUCCCUUAUAUCGCCCAAGUUUUUGAAGAGCAAAAUGCUUUAGAGAACUUAAAAGGCUUUGUUUCUGACUUUGGAAUUUCUUUUUACGAGGUUAUAGAUAACGAAGUUGCUUCUUUAGAUAAGGCGAUAUUAUUCAAGAGUGAACAAGUUGUCCCUCAGUCUAUAAGCGAUGGCAAAGAAAUAAGUAUCAUCCCAUUUAAAGCUGGCGAUAAACUAAGCUGGUCAGUGAGAUGGGAACCUCGUUGA